CUUGAGUCUACAACACAGAGGUCGGCAGACACACGGCAGCUCUCGUGAGAAACAGGUCGCUACUUUAAGAGAACCUCAGCGCACACUUAAUGUGUGAACCAGAACCGUGAGGAUAGUUUGAGACUUUUAUUUUGGACACAGUGUGGAUAAUACUCCGUGGACUCCAGUGGGACAGCUGUCUAUCUCUCAAAGACUCUCCGGUAACAACGUAAGCAUGGCAGCAGCCACUACAUGACUGGAGUGUAGAAGUGACAGUGUGGAAGGAUUUAUCAACAGAAGGAGGAGAGGAAGAGGAGAGCGAGUGUUAAAGGAGACCGGACACUUCUUGCCAUCAGAGGAGAUGGGUGAGACGGAGGAUGAGCGUACAGCGCAGGCCAGUGUGCUCUUUGAAAACUUUGUUCAAGCUUCCACCUGUAAAGGGACUCUGCAGGCCUUCAGCAUCCUCUGCAGGCAGCUCCAACUGGAUCCUCUGGACUACAGUAACUUCUACAGUUCACUGAAAGCUGCAGUCAGCACCUGGAAGGUCAAGGCCCUUUGGACCAAACUGGACAAAAGGGCACAACAGAAGGUGUACAACCAGAACAAAGCAUGCAAAGACACCAGGUGUCUGAUCAUCGGUGGGGGUCCAUGUGGUCUGCGGACAGCCAUUGAGCUGGCCCUGUUGGGCUGUAAGGUGGUUGUGAUCGAGAAGAGAGACAGCUUCUCCAGAAACAAUGUGCUUCAUCUCUGGCCCUUCACCAUCCAUGACCUCAGGGGCCUCGGUGCCAAGAAGUUCUAUGGAAAGUUCUGUGCUGGCUCCAUCGACCACAUCAGCAUCCGCAAUCUCCAGCUGAUGCUGCUGAAAGUAAGUCUAAUUCUGGGAGUGGAGAUUCACGUCAAUGUGGAGUUUGUUAAACUUUUGGAGCCGCCAGCGGAGCAGACUGACGACAGUCCUGGUUGGCGAGCAGAAGUUCAUCCCUCCAGCCAUGUGGUCUCAGACUUUGAUUUUGAUGUUAUAAUCGGAGCUGACGGACGGAAGAACACCUUAGAUGGUUUUAGUCGCAAAGAGUUUCGAGGGAAAUUGGCCAUCGCCAUCACGGCUAACUUUGUCAACAGGAACACCACAGCAGAGGCCAAAGUGGAGGAGAUCAGUGGGGUGGCCUUCAUCUUUAACCAGAAGUUCUUCCUGGAACUCAAGGAUGAGACGGGAAUAGACCUGGAGAAUAUAGUUUACUACAAAGACAACACCCACUACUUUGUCAUGACGGCCAAGAAGCUGAGUCUGCUGGACAAAGGGGUCAUCAUAAAUGAUUACAUGGAAACGGAGCGGCUGCUGAGCCUGGACAAUGUCAACCAGGAAGCGUUGCUCUCCUACGCCCGUGAAGCAGCUGAUUUUGGAACAAACUACCAGCUGCCAUCGCUGGACUACGCCAUCAACCACUAUGGACAACCAGAUGUUGCCAUGUUCGACUUUACCAGCAUGUACGCCUCAGAGAACGCCGCCUUGAUCCGGGAGAAACAUGGACAUCAGCUGGUGGUUGCACUGGUGGGAGAUAGUCUGCUUGAGCCCUUCUGGCCGAUGGGUACUGGUUGUGCUCGGGGCUUUCUCGCAGCCUUUGACACUGCUUGGAUGGUGAAGGGCUGGACACAAGGCAAGAGUCCUCUGGAGACACUGGCUGAGAGGGAGAGUCUCUACCGGCUGCUGCCUCAGACCACCACAGAGAACAUCAGUAAAAACUUUGAACAGUACUCCAUUGAUCCUGGCACCCGCUACCCCAACCUCAACUCCAGCUGUGUACGCCCACAUCAGGUGCGUCAUCUGUUCAUUGAUGGCCAGGAGUCCUUGUGCCAGCUGGAAGUAGGAGGACCUCUACGUAGAUCUGUGAACUUAUCCAGAAGAGACUCUGAUGUGCGUCCUGGCCGGCUGCUGACCUGGUGUCAGAAGCAGACUCAAGACUACAGGGGGGUCAACGUCACCAACCUCACAUCCUCCUGGAAGAACGGCCUGGCCCUCUGUGCUCUCAUACACCGCCAGAGGCCAGACCUCAUUGACUUUGACUCUCUGAACGAGGAGGACAUGGCAGAGAACAACCAGUUGGCGUUUGACGUGGCCGAGCGGGAGUUUGGCAUCCAGCCAGUGACGAGGGGAAAGGAGAUGGCUGCAGAGGCCGAACCAGACAAGCUGCUGAUGGUUCUCUACCUCUCCAAGUUCUACGAGACUUUCAGGAACACCACAGGAAACAACAACGGUUCAAGGCAACCAGAUGAGAACAGCGAGGAAUAUCCAGCUAAAUCAAAUAAGAAGCAGGCUCAGCCCAGGAAGAGGAUACCCAGGGACGACAAGAAGCUGGAGGAAGAUUCAGUUCACAAGAGACGGCGGAAAGGCAACCACUACCUCACAGAGCUGUCUUGUCACAGUGCCCCACCUGCUGGUGAGGAUGGAGAGCUGCGUGAGAACAAGGUCCGCUCCAUGGCAACUCAGCUGUUGGCUAAGUUUGAGGAGAACUCGACAGGAAAGACGAGCAACAAGCCUUCCAUCUACCUUCGCUUACUGGAGAAUCCCAGUGCUGUGGCUCAGGAAACCAGUUUCCUCUGUACCCCUAAAUGCUCUCCUUCUCAGGGCAACUACAGUCGCUCUCCUUCACCCUCACGCUCUGAGAGCCCAUUAGGUCUCCGUUCACCGAGCCGUAAAGUAACUAAGCAUUACAUCCCAGAAUGCACCUCUCCUCGCCAGAGAAACAGUCAGCUUUCUUCUGCUUGGGAUAAUGAUCAUUCCUCGGUCAGGUCAGAGGAGUCACUGCAGCAGAGUAAAGACAAGAGACUGACUACAAGAGAGUAUUCUGGACAGAGUAUAAAAGACAGAGCCGUCCUCCUCUCCUCCAUGUUUACGGGCUCUAAAAAAGCUCCUUCUGCUUCUCUGUCUCCUCUACCUGAAUCACAGGUGGAACCCUCUAUCGCCUCUCCUACAUUGUCCCCUGAUCCUUCUCCUUCUGCCUCUUUCUCCAAGAGCUCCAGUGCCUACCCCCUCGUCCAUCCUGUCCCUGACCCCACUGCUCAGGCUGGUUUCUCCUCUGUCCGCUUGCACACUGCAGGACACAAGAAGCACAAAGACUCCUCUCCCCCUUCAACCUUCUCUGUCUCUAAAAGAACAGAUCACAUGUCUUCUCUUCAUGUUGAGUCCUCAGCAUACAACAACAAAACACCUGCUGCACUUACCUCAGCUUGCUUUGAUGAAACCUCCUCGCCCCCCCUCUCUGAUAGAAACAGUAGAACUGCUGUGCACAAUGAACAUUUGGAGAGGACAAAUGAAAUCUCUCGAAACAAGCAGAAGAUUCACAGAGCUGCUCAGGAGACAUUUGACAAUAAGAAAUUAGCUGAGGAUGAUCACAUGAAGUGCGUGGUGCGUAAGGAUUUCCCUCCCGGCCUUGGUGGCAGUGACAUUUGCCACUUCUGCACCAAGCGGGUGUACGUGAUGGAGAGGCUGAGCGCUGAGGGUUACUUCUUUCACAGAGAGUGUUUCCGUUGUGAUGUCUGCAACUGCACCCUCCGGCUUGGAGGGCACACCUUUGAUUCACAGGAGGGGAAGUUCUACUGCAAGAUGCACUAUGCCCAGCAUCAAACCAGCACCAACACGGGGAGAUUCAGAAGGAGAAUGGAAGACCAAAGCCGUGUCAAACCCUCGCCUCUGGCCAGUGGGAGCUACUCAGUGAUUGGCAGCGUCCAGAUUCAGCCCUCAGCCAAGGUGACCAGCUUGCAUCCAGAGCAGCUUGAUAAACCAAAAAGACUUCCUGAAGACACAGAGAUGGCUGUUGAAGCUCUAGAUGAUUCCUGUAUAGCAGAAACCACAGCUCAGGAUACUACAGGAGCCCUGGACCAGGAGAGUACCAAAGAGGGUCCUUCUAACAUCAAACAGAAUAACCGAUGGAAACACAAGAUCAGAGCGACCUUCCCUCUGAUCUUCAGCAAGCACUUCCAGAGUAGCCGGUCCAAGGACAGAGCUGGACCUGAGACCGUCCCUGAAGCUGACCUGGACUUUGAGGAGAUCACCUCAGCAGAAAAACAAACUAACCACAAUGGCAGUUCUGACACGACAGCAGAUACCAAGAAUUCCUCCAAGGGAAGUGAGAAGAGUGGAGAGUGCUCAGCCACAAUGGAGCUCGUCUGCAACUCGUCCUCCCCAAAGAAACGCUUGAUGUUAUCUCUAACUGAGAAAGAGAAGCUUCUCAACUGGGACAUGCCGGCCGCGCCAGAGGAAAGCACGAGUAAUGCAAACAACAAAAACACACAUGAACUUCAAGUUCAAGCAGAGACAGAAGCAGAUAAGCUUCAGACGGACUCCAGCCAGGACGGGCAAGCUCCCCAGAGUCAACCCUCUGCCUCAUCAGCCUCCACCUUCCAGCUUAUAGCCAACGCCUUCAGGAGGACGUUCAGUGUGGCCAAUCCCUCCAGCAGCUCCAACCAUGAAGUCCCAAUGCCCAAACGUGAAGGCAACCGCAAACAGAGGCCAAUGUCAAUGGGAGCCGCAGGCCUCACCUCCCUCUUCAGCAACGUGGGUCCAGAGCCAUCCAGAGAUGAAAACAAGACUGACAAGAGUGAAUCUCAAUUGGCGUCUGUUGGGGGCAAUCCAUGGGAGGCGGGGCAGGACCUGCCAUCACUGUUGCAGAGUGUCUCACUUAGGGGACGCAGAAGCUCCGGAGGGGUAUUCUCCGAUGACAUGGCCUCUUUGCCCCGCAAGAGGGUCAACUUGUUUUCAUCUCUGAGGCUGAAAAAGAGUAAGGAGUCAGAAAAAGAGGGGCAGGACCAGGAAGUGCAAAAGGAAAUUAUGACUAUACUGACCAACCUCAGUAACAAAGCAUCAAGUCAACAGAACCUGGAAGAUCCUUCCUCGAGUGAAGAUGAACUCGAAAACAUGACAUCCAAUCAGAAGCUGUGUACGGAGAGACUAAGGAGGAAGCAGGAGAAGAUGGUGGCCCAGCAGGCUAAAAGAGAGCAGCUGAAGAGGUUACACAGAGCUCAGACCAUACAGAGGCAACUAGAGGAAGUUGCAGAAAAACAGAGAGAUCUAGAAGAGCGAGGAGUGGCUAUAGAAAAGACCAUAAGAGGAGAAACAGAAUCGUCUCCGUCAGAUGACAGUGAAGAGGCCCAGCUCUAUCAGACCUGGUUCAAACUCGUUCUGGAGAAGAACAGAAUGGCACGCUACGAGUCUGAACUCAUGAUCUUCGCCCAGGAGCUUGAACUGGAGGACACACAGAGCCGACUGCAGCAAGAACUAAGGCACCGAAUGGCUGUUGAAGAUACAAAGAAAAGCACCUCUGAGCUGCAGGAGGAGCAGGAGAUGCUGUCAGAGAUUAUGAGGACGGUGGAGAAGCGAGACAUGCUGGUGUCUAUUCUGGAGGAGCAGAGGCUAAAGGAGAGGGCUGAGGACAGGGACCUGGAGAGCCUUAUAUUAUUCAAGGGUUAUGAGUUUAACUGGGGCCAGUCAGUUGACAGCUGGGGGUAGGAGACACUGAACUAAAGGAUACAUGUUGAGACCUUCAUUGUUGAAGAAUGUAAUGGGUUGAAAACUUCUUAAAACACUUCUUCAAUGAAACAGGCCAAUAUCUUACCACAUUUAUGUCUUGCUUUUUUCCAUUAAGCUACAAAUGUAGAGGAAAUGUUUUAAGGAUGUGAUGUCAUGAAGCUCUUUGUGCAUAUUCAUCCUCCGAAAUUCAGCAGGGCUUCCUCUAGUCUCACUUUUAGCUGUUUGCUGAGCUAAGAGAGGAAUGGAAAUGGAGCCUUUCUUUUAUAGCCAUGGUGGCUAACAAUGUGUUCACAAGUGCAAUUUGUCCCCAACACUGAAACUGGAUGUUUAAUAGACUUAACCACUCUCAAUAUUGACGUGCUUUGUAAAAAGUGUUCUCACACCUCAUAAACAAAACUGUUUGGUUGCGUGCUUUAAGCAUGGAGUUUUUGUAACGGGUUUGUUGUUAUUGUAGCACUGAAAUGCCUCACUAGAUAACACAUGAAGUGACUCAACACGUUCCCUUUAGCUUUAGUGUUUUGCACAUGUUUAGUUUUAAACUGUCAUAAAUCCAGAGAUUUGCUUUAUGUCAUUCACUGUAAGUCACUUUGUAGCAAGGCCAUUUGUGUUAACAUUCACAUUAAUAUUGUUUAUUUUUCACUUUGUGCGUUAACACUGUCCAAUAAAGUCUGAAUAUACAUUUAGACCAAGACACUAUUAAACACAGGAUAAGAUUAUUUUAUGCCAUGUACUUGUUGUCAGCUGCUAAAAUGUACCAACAUUUCCAUUUUUAAUUUUUUAACUUUUUGCCACAUAAUGCAAGGCUGACUUUGGAAAUCUACAUUUGCGCAGGUUGAAACUGUAUUGCAUGUUAGACUACUGGCCGCACCACAGUUUGUGAUGUCACAGCCUUUGUCUUCCAUUAGCUGUCAACCCACCUGCUGUGACUCUGGAGGCAGAGCCCAGUCGUUUGACAUGCAAAAAGUUUUGUCUUAUUCAAGAGCUGAUAUAACCCGUGACCAACUGCUGCCAUCGGACAUUAAACUGUGAUUGUUUUUCUGUCAAUGUGAGCUCUGAGACAAUAAUACCCUUCCUCCCACAGGAGGUGAUGAAUAAUGUGUUUACAUGAGUUUAGACACCACAGUACUCAUUUUGUUGUGAGUGAACUAACCCUUUAUCCAAUUUAAGUUAUACGAGCUUGAAAUGUUUCUGUAUGUUGGUUUUAUGCUUCUUAAAGUUUUAAAUGUAAAAGGUAAAUAAAAAUAAUUUAGAAUUUUUA